ACCCUUUUGUAAUCUUGUAGAACGUCAAGGAAUCUCUGCAGAACGUAACAAGUCUGUCUGGCAUUUGUACAAGGACAUGCAGAGGGCUUGUGAAGUGUCUGUUAGUAAAACCGGGCAUUCGUGCUAGAGUGAAUAGAAUUAUGUUUCUGUGAAGGUCCUUGUUACUGUAAUUAUUCAGCUGGGACGCUUCAAGUUACUUUAUUCUCUAAAACAGCUAUAGCCUUGCCGUAAAUCCUAGCACACACACAGAGGGGGUGUGUCAUUCUGUCAUUUUAGCUAAAACGGUACAUUGCCUUGUAGGUUAAAGCUCUACACCAGGGAAUGGCGGUUUAGCUUUAUUUCGUUGUUGGACUAUAUCUUUGCUUGCCGUCAGAAGUAGGUGUACUGCAACGAUACCGAUCAUUAUUGUCCUGGAGGCUGAAGUAAUAAAAGUUAGCCAUAAUGCCAGUAAUGGACCAGGCGUUUGUAACACUAGCGACCAAUGAUGUCUAUUGUCAAGGAGCUUUAGUUCUUGGGCAGUCUUUGAGAAAUCACAGGACGUCUCGACGCCUUGUAGUAAUCGUAACAUCUUAUGUUUCCCACAAAAUGAGGGAAGUCCUCUGGAAGGUAUUUGAUGAAGUCAUUGAGGUGAAUGUGUAUGACAGCCAUGACUCUGCACAUUUGGCACUUGCCAAGAGACCAGAACUUGGGAUAACCUUCACUAAAAUUCACUGCUGGACUCUUACUCAGUAUUCCAAGUGCGUCUUCAUGGAUGCUGAUACAAUGGUGCUUUGCAACAUUGAUGAACUCUUUGAUAGAGAAGAACUUUCAGCAGCACCAGAUCCUGGCUGGCCCGAUUGCUUUAACAGUGGUGUCUUUGUCUUCAGACCAUCCUUGGAAACCUACAACAACCUGUUGCAAUUUGCGAUAGAACAUGGUAGCUUUGAUGGAGGAGAUCAAGGUCUUCUGAAUGGCUUCUUCAACAACUGGGCAACUGGCGAUAUUGGUAAACAUUUGCCAUUCAUCUAUAAUCUUGGUAGCAGUCUUCUGUACACCUACCUUCCAGCUUUUAGACAUUUUGGUGGUGAAGCAAAAGUGGUCCACUUCCUCGGUGCGGUGAAGCCUUGGCAAUACAGGUAUAAUCCACAGACACGGACAGUUGCUGAUGAUGGCAGUGCAGGGGGUCACAAUCUAGGAUUACUAAGUGCCUGGUGGGAGACGUAUCACAGUAACAUUGUACCUCUUCUAGUACAACAUGAAGAAGCCCACCACAGAGAGUCUCAUCAUCAUACGCACCACAUUGGCAGAAUUGAAGUCACGUUCAAAGAGGAAUACCAUGAACCUCCUCAUGUCCACCACCAUGUGGAGCACCCACCAGUAUAUGUGCCACCACCAGCCCCAGCAAACAUGGACACCAGCAGAACACUAGAGCCAGAACCAGAACGUCUACCUGAGAGGCCAUCUUGGAUACUUUCUCAGGCUCCUCCACCUUCACCUCCUUCAGAACCCAGCUAUAGGACUCCAACGCCACCUCCUUCACCUACAAGGCCAAUGUAUGAAGUACUUAAGGAUCUUCAACCCCUCCAGUUGCCAUCUUCACCCAUCAGGGUGCCCAGCUAUGAGAUGUCAGAACCAGCCCGUUCACCUGAAAGGCCAGUUUUUGAUGAAGUUUACAAUGAGGUACCCGAGGCCCCUGCCCCAUUGUCACCUGUCUGGGUUCCUAGCUUCGAGAUUUCAAUGCCAGCACAUUCACCUGAGAGGCGGAUUUCUGAUGCUUACAAAGAUGUUCCACAAACCCCUCCACCAUCACCACCCAUGCAAAUGCCAGUCUUCGAAACCUCAGCCUCAGUGCAGGCAUAUUCACCUGAAAGAUCAAUUCCUGAUGGCGUUACUGAUAUUCCACAGUCUCUUCCUCCAUCAUUCUCCAUACAGGAGUCCAGCUUUGAGUCUUCAUUGCUAUUGCAUUCCCUAGAGAGGCGAAUUUCUGAUAUUACAGAUGUCAUCCAAGCCCCUCAGCCACCUUCACCCAUCAGGGAGCCCAGCUUUGAGACUUCAACACCAACACAUUCACCAGAGCGGUCAAUUUCAGUUUCUGAAGCGUUCAGGGAUGUUCCAGAGUCUCCUGUAUCAUCCUUCAGAGAACCCAGCUUCAGGACUUUGCCGGACCAUUCACCAGAGAGGCAGACUUCUGAUGUCAAGGAUCUUCCACGUUCUCCAUCGCCAUCAUCAUCCAUCCGACAAAGGUCAAUUUCCGAUAUUUUCAGGGAUCGAGAGUGGUCAGUUCCUGAUAUUUGCAGGGAUGUGUCACAACCUGUUGUGCCAUCAUUCAUUCAAGAGAGAACAAUUUCUAAUGUAUUCAUGGAUGUUACACCGUCUUCUGUACCAUCAUCAAUACCAGAGAGGUCAAUGUCAGAUUUUUUCAGAGAUCGAGAAAAGGCUAUGUCUGAUAUUUUUAGAGAUCGAGAGAGGUCAAUUUCUGAUGUUUUCAGAGAUGUUCCACAAUCUCCUGUGCCAUCCAUCCAUGAAAGAUCAAUUUCUGAUUACAUUGAUGUUCCUAGAUCUCCAGUACCACCCAUCCGAGAUAGGUCCAUCUCUGAUGUCUACAGGGAGUUUUCUCUGUCUCCUGUACCAUCUAUCCAAGACAAGCCAGUUUCUGAAGUUUACAGGGAUGUUCCUCAGUCUCCUAUGCCAUCCUUCCAAGAGAGGCCAGUUUCGGAUGUCUGCAGGGACAUGCCUCCAUCCCCUGUGCCAUCCUUCCAAGAGAGGUCAAUUUCUGACAUCUGCAGGGACAUGCCUCCAUCUCCUGUGCCAUCAUCCAUCCAGGAGAAGUCUAUUUCUGACAUCUGCAGGGACAUGCCUCCAUCUCCUGUGCCAUCAUUCAUCCGCGAGAGGUCUAUUUCUGACAUCUGCCGGGACAUGCCUCCAUCUCCUGUGCCAUCAUCAAUCCGUGAGAGGUCUAUUUCUGAUGUCUACAGAGAUGUGCCUCCGUCUCCUGUGCCAUCAUCCAUCCGAGAGAGGUCUGUUUCAGAUGUCUACAGAGAUGUGCCUCCAUCUCCUAUGUCAUCAUCCACCCGAGAGAGGUCUAUUUCUGAUACUUACCGAGAUGGUCCACCAUCUCCUGUAGCAUCCAUCCGAGAGAGGUCAAUUUCUGAAGCUUACGGAGAUGGUUCACAAUCUCCCCUACUGUCCUCCAUCAGAGAGAUGUUGAUUUCUGAUGUUUACAGAGAUGGUCCACAAUCUCCUACAUUAUCCAUUCAAGAGCGUAGCUUUGACAGUUCAGGGCAGCCAUCAUAUUCUCUUCAGAUGUCGAUUUCUGAUGUCCUCACAGAUGUUUCUCAUGCUCCUACACCAUUAUCGCCUAUCCGGGAGAUCAGCUUUGAGACUUCAUUGUCCUCUUACUCACCCGAGAAGUUCGUUUCUGAAGUUCUAACGGAUGCUCCACGAGUUCCUGUACCAUCACCCCUCAGAAAGUACAGCUUUGAGACUUUGUCAUCCUUCUUUGAGAGCCCGAUUUCUGAAGUUCUGUCAGAUGAUGCACAGAUACGUGUACCAUCUCCCAUCACAGAGAGCAGCUUUGAGACUUCACUGCCAACCGAUUCGUAUGACAAUAGACGCUCUGAGGUUUCCACAGACGUAGCAUCAGUACCAUCGACACCAGUUCAGAAGACUUCAGUGCAAGUGUACUCACCUGAGAAUCGAACAUCAGUUGCUGAAGUCAUUCCUGUUUCCAAGGUGGCCUCCUUGCCUUUAGAACCUGCUGCAUUUCCUGUCACUCAGAGAUCAAAGACCAGAGAGGAGCCUGAAGUUGCAAAGGCUGAAUUUCCUGUGCUUGAUAAACGGGUGUCGCAAAAGCUUACAUCUGAUGCUGCUUCAGAUUACAUUAAACAGGGUAUAGUAUCUCCCACUAUUCUGGAGUUGUCAAUUCAAGUCAAAGAAGAUAAGGCGACCAAAACUGAAGAUUCUCGAAAAUUGUGGGAAGAAGGACGCAUGGACUACAUGGGAAGGGAUGCCUUUGCAUUCAUUCAGAUGAAGCUGGAUAGCUUUCUGAAGUAGAUAUGCUGCAUAGAUUGAACUGUUGGUCAUUGAUGAUAGCAUUACAAGCCACAGAGUUGCAGGGAUGGAGCAGUUAAUUUGCCUUCCACUUCAGCUUUAAUAUUUUAUUUAAAGAAGUAUGACGUACAACACUUGUUCAUUAGAUGUUUGACAUGGCUGAGUAAUGUGCCUUAAACAUUGUUUUUUUAUAUGGAUUUUUUUUUUAUUUUUCAGAGAUUUUUUUAAGUUUUGCUCAUUGUGUGGUGAAUUCUGCCUUAAAAUACUUUGAUUAUAGUUUAGUUGAUUGGCUUUUUUUUUUUUUGAUUGAAUGGGAAAAAGUAUGCCAACUUCAAACAUAACUGACUUGUAAGGUAGCAAGAAAGCAUCUUUGCAGAUAUUUGUGAGAUAGUCAUGCUCCAUUACAGUCAGUGAGAGGAACUAAAACUUGCCAUUAUAUUUUGAGUAUAUUAUGGACCUCAGUGUAUGAAUCCAUGCUUAAUGUAUGCAUUGUGUUCUACUAAAUUUUAUUUAAACAGCAGUACAACACAUCUUGAAUCAGAAGGAAAAAGUGUUAGCAAGCAGUUGGCUCUCGAAGUGGGAUGCAAGGCAGCUGUGUUGGUACAACAUGGAGAAAAGCAUAGGAAUUUUUGCAAUAUAAAACUUAAUCCAGCAUCCACCACAGGCAUUUAAAGGGGGUUAUGUAAUACUAUUUUUAUAUUGAAGAUGGACAUUUCUAAUUUGUUGUACUUUUUCCAGGGAAAAAUGACACCACAAAAAGUUUCCAGCAAAGAAUCCAGAUAAAAGAAAAAGAAAAUAUUUGAAUUAAUCAUGUUCUCCCAUAGCCAUGUUGACAUUAGAGUAGAUAAUGUACAACUCCCUCUGAGUUUAUAUAAACUGGAGCUUAUAUUCCAUCUUUUCAAAAUGUAAUCCACUUUGGUAUAAUUGCGCUUGAAAGGUUUCAUGGCAGUUACUGAGGAUUCAUAGGAAAUGUGUGUGGACAAGAUAAAACCAAGUACAAUCAAACUAGUUUUAUACAUACAGAAUGGUCUUAUGGGUUGUAUUUGAAAGUGGAGAAGGUAAAAAAGAUUGAUUUAUUUUGGUGAUAGCCAUACCUAUAUCCACCUGUUGUCUACAGAUAAUUUCCUGUAAGGUUAAUCAGUAGUGUCAAAGCAUGUUCAGUGUAGCAAAAUAUAAUGCAAGUGUCUGUUGGUAUCCGUUUUCAAGAGAAUGUAUUCUCUACAAAUGAUUCAUACUGCAGUGGUUUUAGAGUGUGGGCUUGGCAUAUGCAGUUUAUUGCAAGGUUGAGGAAUUGGUAAUAAGGAAUGAAAUUCAGUAGAAUUUUUAGCAAGCUGCUCAUUUAAUGUAAGAGCCACGCAAAGUGCGAAUAUGGGCAGUUAUUAUAAAUGAGGUUAAAUCAGAAUUGUAUCAACUGUGAAUGGACUUGUACAUAGUCAUAUGCCUUGAAUGCUUAUGACCCACACUGCGUGUUCUUUCAUCCCCUUGGACAUGGUUCUGUUAAGUUGAGCUACUUUGUGCAAGUAACAAGUACUUCCUAUGUUUUUUCUUCAACUUGUCUCUGAUCUAGGUUGUUUACUAUUUUUUAAUCAUUCAUCGUGUUUGACUUCAGAGCAUCUAAGUAUUCACCUGUUAUUGGUGGUAGUUCAUGAGGCUUGUUUUCAGGAUUAAAGGCUCUACUCAUUGCUGUCCAUUUAAUUUAAACAUUGUAAUUAUCUUUCCACAAUUCACUAUGCUUCAUGUAUCCUGUUCUGCAUUAUUCACUUGUAUUUUAUGGGCACUUUAUUACCUUUCAUGGAUGUGUGCGUUUCUCAGUUCAAAUGCCAGUAUGUGGAGAAAACCCCUUGGCAAAACCCAGAGCAUCCUUCUCCCACAUAAAUCCCCUUCACAGUUGAACACUUGCCACAAACUGGAAUCUAUGCACCUUGCACAUACCUGGGCACAAUAACCACAUUCCUACACUUUGCCACAUACUGUAGACUUGUAUACAAAUAGUGGAUCAGCUGAUUCAACCCUCUGGUCUCAUUAGGGGCAACCCACCUAUCCAAUGUAUGAAUGAAUACAUGAUAAACACUGCAACUGUUCUCCCACAUAAGCAGGGUAUUGUUCCUUUAAAUGGCACAUUUUGUUUCGUUGAUUGACCAUUAGUCAUACUUAAUGGACUUGUGAAGCAUUGUUCAAUGUUAUUCAGUGAACAAGUCAAAUACUGGAAGAUGAGCAGCUGAAAUAAUGUACCACUGUAAAAUGUAAUGGUACUGCCAAGGAAGAAAUGCCUGAAGCUUACAGCACUCAGACUAAUAAACAAUCACUGAAAAAAGUUUGCAACCAAAUAUAUUUUAAAUAUACCAAUAUACCAAGAUCAGUCUGACAACUUUGGACAAUCUAACAUGACAGACAUCCUCCCCAUUAUAGGAGACCAUCGUGAUCAGCAAUGCAGCUUCUGUUUUCAGUUUAUGUAUUUAUAAAAUAUAAGGUGCUAACUGCUGUGGAUUUUUAAUAGCAUGUGUAAGCUUAUGAAUUUGUGCAGUAGUCCAUAAGAACGUUUAGAUUGUAGAACCAUUUUUCUUCUAUUACUAUUUUUAUAUAAAAAAAAUUAGGUAUCCACAAAGAAAAAAUAUUAAGGCUUUAACUGCUACUAAUUUGGAACCUGUGUAUGUAGAAUGCUUUGUCCCAUACAGUCGAAGGCAAGUAGCAAUGUAUUUUAAAAGUGCGAUGUUUGAAAGAUGAUAUUCUCCUGCAACUUUACUAUACCGUGCAGUGGCCCAAACAUUUAAUCAUCAAUGGACUCAGAUCAUAACAUGGUGUUAAGAGGGAACUGUAGAAAAAUGGAGAAGGUACAGUAAAUGAGCUGAAAGUUCAGAUUCCAGUUUAUGCUGUGAUGUGCUAAUUGUAUAUGAAGGCAUACACAUGCUGCAGCCUAUUUUCUCUGUGUAAACAUAGACUACUAGCAGUUUACUGUUUGUCACAGUACAAGACCUGCAUAGGUGAUGCCAUUAGGUCUUUUCUACUGUACCUGUUUUGAAAAUAAACUUUUCUGCUGAAAUUGA